UCCUGUGAUUGGUCAUAUUUUGUACCUUUCUCCGUGCCUUUUAGUUCAGCCAGAAGCUCAGCCAGGAUGUCGAAGGAUUCAGAGAUCAUUUCCAGGAAUAUUUGGAAAAAAAAAUUUUGGGAAAAAGCGAACCUCUUCAUGUGCUGUAAAAGGGUGUCUCAAUCCUGUCAAGUCGUUUCCAGUACAAUUUUACUUGGUCAACAAAAAGAUGGAGACAACACCUAAAGUUUCUGAUGAGCUGAAACUUCUUCAGGCAGGGAUGGGUCGGCGAACAAUCAACAUCACGGAGGAUGCUGACCAUUCAUGGCUUUCCAGAAAAUUGGAGGAUGCAUACUCUCAAUUAGCAGCCUUAAAAGGAGCAUGGAUGUUAUACAAGGCAGUUGGUGGCUCUGGACGAAGAAAAUUAUGCAUUGUACCACCUGAAGCUGACGGCUAUACAGGAGCUUACCUCAGUACAGUUGGACGUGGGAAGUCAACACUGUACAUUGUCCCUGUCCAAGGAACUAUCGAUAUGUCACCCCUUCCUUACUCUGCAAAAGAGUUUGAAAAAAUGCCCAAAGCACCUUGUCAGACAUGUUCAGUAAACAUGCCAAUCCAGUUACUGGCUGCCCAUGUAGAAAGCUGUAAAAAUGAAAGUCUUUCAAUCAGUACAUAUGAAGAGAUUGAAGACUUUCAGGAAUCAGCAGAAAGCACACAUGCCUUUGAUGUGCUUGGGGAUAAUGCCUCUGACACUCCAGAAAGUGUCAUGUCUAUGAAAGCAGAGUGUCCAAUUUGCGAGAAGAUGUUUUCAAGUGACCUGCUGGAAAUCCAUGCAAGCUACUGUGGUGAAAGAGCCUCUAAUGCAUCAAAUCCAACCACAUUGGAUGACUCAGAGUUGGUCCCAAAAAGACUGAAAACACAUACAGACACAAAAAGCAUUGCAGACAUCAUCAAAUGCCUUAAUGAAAGAGUUGAUGAAACAAGCAUCUUCAACAUUAGUGUAACAAGGGAAGAUAUACUGGAAAGGGGGCUGAAACAAUGGCAGCGCCAGAAAAAAUCAUCGCCCCGUCAUCCCCUUAGAGUUUCUUUUAUUGGGGAGCCUGGAAUCGACAGCGGAGCACUGAGGAAGGAAUUUUUAACAGACAUGGUUUCAGGUAUUGAGACACGUUUCUUUGAAGGAGGAGAGAGCGGUAAAAACCCCAAGUAUUCAAUGAUUGACGUGGAUAAACACAACUUCCAGUUUGUUUUUUAAACUUAUUUUCUAUCAAUUCAUUUGUGUUUUUAUUAUUACUUGUAAAUGCUGUCCAAUUGUGCAGUUUACCUAUACAGGUCCUCCAAAAAUUAGCAUAUUGUGAUAAAGUUCAUUAUUGUAAUGUACUGAUAAACAUUAGACUUUCACAUAUAUUAGAUUCAUUACACACAACUGAAGUAGUUAAAGCCUUUUAUUGUUUCUAACAUUGAUGAUUUUGGCAUACAGCUCAUUAAAACCUAAAAUUACUGUCUCAAAAAAUUAGCAUAUCCAGACAAUAAUGAACUUUAUCACAAUAUGCUAAUUUGGAAGGACCUGUAUUACAGACAUAAGUUAUUCAGAUUCUCAAUUCAAUGUAUGUAACACAAAUUAAUAAAACACAGUAAAAUACUUCAUUAACUCCACUUGUUGCGCAAUUCACAAUUGAAUUCAGUGUAUUUUC